AUGUCAGCCGUCGAGAUCACCAUCCAUCCGCCAUCUUCUACCCACCCUUCACUCUCGGAAGGAACCUUCGAUAGAUCGUGGUUCAUGGGUAAAUGGGGUGUCGCGUGGAGCACCUUACCAAUGUGGAAGGGAAAGAAAGAUGUCACAAUCACCUACACUCCUAUAGCUGGUACAGAAAAUCACACAAAGUUCGAAGAUCUAGUUGAGUAUAAAAAAGAAUCUGCAGCGGAGGGAAGUAAACCCAGUACAGUCAAGGGGGUCGAUACUCUCACAACCGGCGCCAACGCAGCUACGUUCGAUUGGAAAGGAUCUUCAUACUUGUUUUUCGUUCAUUCACAUUGGGAAGUAUUAGGGUUUGGUAAAGAUGAAAUCAAUGGAUUGGAAUGGGCAGUCACAUUCUUCUCCAAAACACUCUUCACCCCAGCAGGGAUUGACAUCUACCUCCGAUCUCCCUCCUCCGCAUCUUCCGAGCCCAAUCCAAGCUCACAAGAUACUACUAUCCGAUCUGACCUAGUGAAGAAGAUAGUCAGCGCUAUGAGUGAGAUCAGUCAAGGGGGUGUAAGUGAAUUAGCACGAAGCGGAUUCGAAGUUCCAGGAAUCGUCUAA